UAAAGCUCCUGCCUAUAAAGCUGUUUAUAAAGCGCGGGCGCAGGCCGGAGAGAAGCACUGCCCGACCGUGGCCAUGGAUCAGAGCACACAGGAUGCGGAGGACGCCGCGGAAGCCCGGCAUGCCUCAAGUACUGUGUGCCCAGCGGCUGCUGCGCUUCCCGCCGUUGCUGCACUCCCAUCGGAUGCUGCGCUCCUCGCAGGUACCGUGCGCCCAGAGAAUGCUGAGCACCCUAAGGAUGCUGGGAGUCUCAGGGUUAACGUUCAGGACCCCGAGCUCGCGUGGCCGUCCGCCCCGCACUCGUGUACCCGCUGCCAGCUGCUCUACUGGCUAGGAGCUUUGUUGUUUCUGCUCGGGGUCGUCUGUGGCCUGAUCGUCCUCUUCACCGGUAUCCUGACCCUGCCGGCGCUCACAAUCCCCACCUCGACCACCCAGGGGACCUUAGAGAAGACUUCAAACCUGACAGUCACCCCUGUUUCCCUAAUUGGCUACCCCAUCACUACAGGGCAGGGGUCUUCCGUGUUCGCCAAACUGCAGACUAAAAAUGAGGCAUUGCUGAACAAUAGGACCCUGAGGUGGCACAGCCAACACGGAGCUGGGAGCACAUACCUGUCCCAAGGUCUGAGGUAUAAUGACAGCACAGAUGAGCUGGUGGUGGACCAAGCUGGUCUCUACUAUGUGUCCUUGCAACUGAAGCUCAACCCAGUGUCCAAAAACAUGGACCACAAGGUGCGGGGUCAGGUCUCUCUUGUUCUGCAACUGAACCCCCGGGAAAAUGACCUUGACAGCUGGACCCUGACUGUGGACCUGUUUCCUUGCUCCAUGGAGGCCAACUUAGUCCAAGGUUCCCGGAGUGACCUGAUACACCUGAAGGCUGGCCACCGUCUCAGCGUGGAGCUGAGGGCCUAUCUGCAUGGAGUCCAAGGGCCAUACCAUGACUGGCAGCUCUCUCAGAUGGACACCACCAGCUUUGUGCUCUUCCUUGUGAAGCCUGGCACCUCGUGAGAAUUGUUACCCAUAUGAUAACGGCACAUGACCCCUGGUUGCUGAGGUCCCAAGCUGCUAUAUCUCAUGGGGCCUGAGCAGGGGUCCCCUCUUCCAGUACUGUCCCCACAUCCUGUCCCUGACUGGACUCAGUAUUUAUUGUGAGCAUAGCUCAGACAACACUUUAUGUAAUUCAUUGGACAGCAUUAGCAAACUACUGGGCAGGGUGCUAUCGAGAAACCAGUCACCAAGGAUAUGAAAAGGAAAGUCUUUAU